AUGGUGAAACUCACAUUCGGAAGCUGCGGCGACUCCUUCAGCGCCACGUCCAUCAAGGCCUAUGUGUCCGAGUUCAUCGCCACCCUCCUCUUUGUGUUCGCUGGCGUCGGGUCCGCCAUUGCCUACGGCAAACUGACCAGUGAUGGCGCUCUGGACCCCGCUGGUCUCGUGGCCAUCGCGAUCGCCCACGCCUUCGCCCUCUUCGUCGGCGUCGCGGUCGCCGCAAACAUCUCCGGCGGGCACCUCAACCCCGCCGUGACCUUCGGCCUUGCCGUCGGCGGCAACAUCACCAUCCUCACCGGGAUCUUCUACUGGGUCGCCCAGCUGCUCGGCUCCACCGCCGCCUGCUUCCUGCUCAAGUUCGUCACCCACGGGAAGGCCAUCCCGACGCACGCCGUCGCAGCCGGCAUGAACGAGUUCGAGGGCGUGGUGAUGGAGAUCAUCAUCACCUUCGCGCUGGUCUACACGGUGUACGCCACGGCCGCCGAUCCCAAGAAGGGCUCCCUCGGCACCAUCGCCCCCAUCGCCAUCGGCUUCAUCGUCGGCGCCAACAUCCUCGCCGCCGGCCCCUUCAGCGGCGGCUCCAUGAACCCCGCCCGCUCCUUCGGCCCCGCCGUCGCCGCCGGCGACUUCGCUGGAAACUGGGUCUACUGGGUCGGCCCUCUCAUCGGUGGCGGCCUCGCCGGGCUCGUCUACGGGGACGUCUUCAUCGCGUCCUACCAGCCAGUCGCCGACCAUGACUACGCAUAA